GCAGAGAGAAAAUCACCUCGUUCCUGUGCACAGAGGAAUUCAGGGACACAGGGGAAUAAACCAGAAUGGUUCAACAAACCCAGGCGAAACCAGAAGUGCUGUGAGAGGAGAGGGAAGCAGGCGCUGUCCACAGCUGCACCAACUGCCCUGAGAGCCGGAGGGAUGGGAAGCCCCGGAACAACCGUGGGGAGAGCAUCUGAAGAAGUGCAGGAGGCAGCAGAAGGCUCUGUGUGAGCUCCCAGCUCCAGGUAACACCAUGGAUACUUGCAGGAUACCUGCAAACGCCUCCAAGUGCAGCGGGAACACCAUGGAGUGCUUCAUGGUGCUCAGCACACAGGCACAGAAGAUAAGCAUUGGCAUCCUGUGUGGCCUCUUUGGGACAAUGUGCGUUUUUGAGAACUCCUUGGUGCUCUACCUGAUCUUCUCUUCCCCCAGCACCAGGAAAAAGCCUUCCUACCUCUUCAUAGGCAGCCUGGCCCUGGCUGACAUCCUCGCCAGCAUCAUCUUUGCCUGCAGCUUCGUGAACUUCCACGUGUUCAACGAGGCUGGUUUUUCCAAGGAGGUGUUCCUGCUGCAGCUGGGAGGGGUGAACACGUCCUUCUCCGCCUCCCUCAGCAGCCUGCUGCUCACAGCCCUGGACCGCUACAUCUCCAUCAGCCGGCCCUCGGAAUACAAGCUCCUGAUGACCAGGAAAAGAGCCUGGACAGCCCUGGCGGUGCUCUGGGUGACCUGUGUCACCAUUGCUUGCCUGCCCCUGCUGGGCUGGAACUGCUGCGCGCUGGAUUCCGCCUGCUCCGAGCUGUUCCCCUUCGUGGAUGACAAUUACCUGGCGGGCUGGAUCUGCUUCGUCGUGGUCCUGCUGGGCUGCAUCGUCUACGCCUACGCCCACGUGCUCUGGAGGGCUCGCCAGCACGUGGCCUACAUGGAGAAGCACCAGGCACAGGUAGGGAAGCAAAACACCCGGAUGAGGAUGGACGUGAUGCUGGCCAAGACCCUGGUGAUGGUGCUGGCUGUCCUCAUGCUCUGCUGGUCGCCCGUGCUGGUGCUCAUGAUCUACAGCGUCUUCGCCAGGCUGAGCGACCACCUGCGCAAGGUGUUCGCCUUCUGCAGCACCCUCUGCCUGCUCAACUCCAUGGUGAACCCCAUCAUUUACGCCCUGCGGAGCAAGGAGCUGUUCUCCUCGCUGAGGAGGGUGUUCUCCCACUUCAGGAGGCAGCUGAAGGCUGCUGAGGAGAGCCCAGAAGCUGAGAGCACCCACAAGUCGUCCGUGAUAGAGACCGUCUGCGAGGAUACGCGCGCGGUGUAGGGAGGCAGCGGUGGGAAAUGCACGCCCUCAGGCUGGAAGGAACUGCCUGGAUCACUUUUCAUGUUCUUUUCACUUCUGGUGGGAGUUGAGGGAUCAGCUGUGAUAUGGAGACAGCUCCUGUUGAUGUCACCCUUUGACGCUGGGACAUAAAGUGCACAGACUUUGCUUCAGGCCCAGGUUGGGAUUGUUGGGGUGUCCUGUGCAGGGCCAGGAGUUGGACUGGAUGAUCCUUGGGAUGUCCCUUCCAGCUCAGGAUAUUCCAUGAUUCUGUGAUAAUGUCCCACCAGGGAAGGUUCAGCUUGCA